AUGAAUGUAUAGGUUGACCCUGUCUGGCUAGCCCUGGACCUAUAUAGAAGGAAAAGAUGGGAGAAAUGUUCUGAGAUCUGCUCUAGGAUACUCGACAAUAAUCCAUACGACGAGAUGAUCUGGUCUCUCAAGACAAGAGCUUUAACAGAACAAGUUCAGCUUGAUGAUAUAGAGGCAGAUGAGGAAGGUAUAGUUGAUGUAGUUCUGGAUGAUAACACUAUCAGAGCAGUUCCAAGGCCUGGAACUUCACUUAGAACAGCAAUUGAUACAGGUUCAUCCCAGGCAUUCAGGCCUUCCAGUUCUUCAGGCAGACCGAUGAGUGGAGUAGCUAGGCCGGGUAGUCAGGCAGGAAGACCAGGAACUGUAGAUCAGGCGCUAAGAACCCCUAGGACUGCUUCAACUGCAAGACCAGUUUCAGCAACUUCAGGAAGAUUUGUGAGGCUUGGAACAGCUUCAAUGUUGUCCCAAUCUGAUGGCCCUUUCAUAAACCUGGCUAGACUUAAUAUAGGAAAAUACUCCGAUAGACCUGCUCUUGCCAAGCCCUUGUUCGAUUAUAUCUUCUAUCAUGAAAAUAGUAUAAGAGAGGCAAUGGAACUGGCAUCACAGGCUCUGCAAGCUUCAAAAUAUGAAGAUUGGUUCUGGAAAGUGGGCAUGGGAAAAUGUUAUUUCAGGUUGGGUAUGUUCAGAGAUGCUGAAUCCCAAUUCAAGUCUGCAUUAAAGCAACAGCCAAUGAUCUCAACCUACCUUUAUUUAGCAAAAAUAUCGUUGAGAAUGGAUCAACCCUUGGCGGCCCUUGAAGUUUAUAGAACCGGACUUGAUGUAUUUCAAGGUGAUGUACACUUGCUGACCGGUGUGGCUAGAAUCCAGGAAGCUUUAGGAAACCUCUCAUUGUCUGCUAAAUAUUACAAGUCUGUAUUGAAUGAAGAUUCUACACAUAUUGAAGCUAUUGCCUGUAUUGGGAUGAAUCACUUCUACUCUGACCAACCUGAACUAUCUCUCAGGUUUUAUCGUCGUCUUCUGCAGAUGGGAAUAGUUACAGCAGAGCUGUAUAAUAACCUAGGUUUAUGCUGUUUCUUUGCACAACAGUAUGACAUGACAAUAACAUGCUUUCAGAGAGCUUUAGCUCUGGCCCAAGAUGAGAUUCUGGGGGAAGUUUGGUACAAUAUUGGACAUAUUGCUCUGGGUAUAGGAGAUGUUAACCUGGCUUUUCAAUGCUUCAGACUUUCAUUGGCUGCAAAUAACGAUCAUGCAGAGAGUUAUAACAACUUAGGAGUUUUGGAAAUGCGCAAAGGAAGAGUUGAACAGGCGCGCGCAUACUUUCAAACCGCGGCAUCCCUCGCACCAACCAUGUUUGAGGCACACUUUAACUAUUCAAGUUUGUCUGAGAAGACGGGAGAUCUGCAGAGCAGUUAUAUUCUGGUUCAGAAAUCUUUAGCCAGCUUUCCACAACAUGCAGAUAGUAACGAUCUACUAGCACAGCUAGAGAAACAUUUCCAACAUAUGUAAUCACAUUUCUAACAUAUGUAAUCAGCCAGGGAAACAUUUCCAACAUAUGUUAUCAGCUAGAGGAACAUUUCCAUCAUAUAUAAUAUGCAAUAGAAACAUUUUCAACAUUUGUUGUCAGCUAGAGAAACAUUUCCAACAUAUGUAACCUGUUAGAGAAACAUUUCCAACAUAUGUUAUUAGCUAGAGGAACAUUUCCAACAUAUGUUUUCAGAUAGAGGAACAUUUCCAUCAUAUGUAAUAUGCAAUAGAAACAUUUUCAACAUUUGUUAUUAGCUGGAGGAACAUUUCCAACAUAUGUAAUCAGCCAGAGAAACAUAUUCAACAUAUGUAAUCAGCUAGACAAACGUUUCCAACAUAUGUAAUCAGCCAGGGAAACAUUUCCACCAAAUGUAAUCUGCUUGAGAAACAUUUCCAACAUAUGCAAUCUGCUUGAGAAACAUUUCCAACAUUUGUAAUCAGCUAGAGAAACAUUUCCAACAUAUGUAAUCAGCUAGAGAAACAUUUCCAAUAUAUGUAAUCAGCUAGAAAAACGUUUCCAACAUAUGUAAUCAGCCAGGGAAACAUUUCCAACAAAUGUAAUCUGCUUGAGAAACAUUUCCAAUAUAUGUAAUCUGCUUGAGAAACAUUUCCAACAUAUGUAAUAUGCUAGAGAAACAUUUCCAACAUAUGUAAUAAGUUAAGAAACAUUUAAAUGAUUUUAAGAAUUCUAAUUGCAAAAUAACCUUUAUUAAGAUGUCUGUAUAUAAUGGCAUGAUUCUAAUAAGUUGAACAACUGAAGUUUUGUGAGAAAUAUCCGGGAAAAGCCGGGUACCAUUUUAAGAAUUAAGUGAAUAACAUGUUUGGAAUUACAUUACAAAUGUUAAUACUAAACAUCAAGUUUAGAUGUUGACCUAGGGCUACAGAAUACUACGGGUUCUGGUAAACCUGCACCAGGGUACGCUUACAUCCAGGGUUUAUCAAUAGAACAAGCUUUUAGUGGACUAAACAGACGACCCCAGGCGUGAUUGAUAUGCGUAUCGGAAGGCGAAGUGCUAAGGAGUGGGAUUACGUUGGACAUGGAUCAACCCUAGCAAUUUUCUUUAAAUAAAUUAAUAAAUAAAUAAUGUUAAGUGGUAUACACAAUAUGUGUUUGUAAACAGUAAUGCCUAUAAAACUGUGGAAUAUGAAGCCGACCUUAAAACUAGAUUUAUAAUUUCAAGUAGUCAAAUAUAUAGUAAACAGCAUUAUAGCAUGUGUACGCAGACCCACUUUAUUAGUUGAUUUUCUAGCGACUGCAUAAAUUAUUUAAACAUGAUAUACUUAAAAUAUUGUUUAAACGUCGCCUUCCUUUUCCACAGUUUUAUGAGUCUUACUGUCAGACUUUUCCUCACUAUCACUAAAUAAAAUAAUAAAAACAUUCACAGAAUUUUUUAAAAAAUUGUUUUAGUGAGAACAAUUUAUAAACAAUUGAUCAGGUAGCGUUAGGACAAUUUUAAAUGAAGCUCUAUAUUUAUUUUUAGAGUAUCCCAAAAAUGUGUAAAUUUUUUUUAUAUAGUUUGUAUUGGAUAUCUGGAUU